AUGGAAAAGGUUACUCGACUCAAUACUCGCCACACGCUAACAAGGCUGGGGUUUGCUCGCCGGAAGAUGGUAACAUCAUGGAACAAGGUGAAACACGAUGUUCACAUGGUAGUCACGCCAAAGGUCAUGAAAGAAGCUCGACGGCACUUCAACUGUUCAACCUUGGAAGGAGCGGAAAUUGAAAAUCAGGGUGGUGGGGGUACGGUUAGCAACCAUUGGGAGAAACGUGUCUUCGAGAAUGAGUUAAUGUCUGGUGUGACUACUCAAGUGUUCGCCCUAUCUCGUAUGCCCAAGGCCGAAGACAUGGAGUGGGGAAAGAAUCUCGGUUGCGCUUUCGCCACGAAAAGUUGCUUGACAUGGAUUAGGAUGAACCCAACAAAUCCCUACCCAUUUUGCACGAUACACUAUGAACCUAGGUAA